AUGGCGGAAGAGGACACGGAAGUUUUUGAAAUUACCGACUUCACGACCGCAUCAGAAUGGGAGCGUUUCAUCUCGCAGAUUGAGGAGCUUGUUCAUGAAUGGAAAUUAGCCGAUAUCCGCUCCAAAACACCCCUGAGGAAGAAUGAACUUGCCCUUGGAAAUUGGGAUGAGAAGGCCGAACCAAUUCUAUUUGCCGACUUUAAAUUCUUCAUCACACGUCAUUGGCUGAAGCGAGAAGAGGAUGCAGUGCACAGUACACAAGAAACAGCAACAGAUGGCGAGACGGAAAAUGAGUCAGAAGUACUUCCACCAGCUCUCCAAGACAUGAUGAAUACAGAGAAUGACUUCCCAGCUAGAGCACACUGCUUGUGUCGCUGGUAUGGCCUUCGAGAAUUCAUCACCAUCGCCCCGGCGGGCCAGUCCGAUUCAAUCGUCUCUGAAAGCAAGGUCAAGAUCCUACUGAGUUCUGUCUCGAUAGCUAUCAGUAACACUGGAUGUUUAGUGCCUAUAUUUGUCCAAGUCCAUCACAGGUGGCGUAAGUACUAUGCCGGAGGCUGCGAGGUUCCAGGGCUGCGUACAAACUUCGAAAUGGUGCACCUAAAGCGUGUUCCGAAACAGUUCUAUCAUUUGCAUGGCCUGUUGGAUCUGUUCAAGACAAAAUUGGCAUGCCCAAUCUCGCCUCUACCACCCGUGUCAGUGUCCGUUAGAUUUACCUAUGUUCUAAAUGAUUGGACGACAUUUGCUUGGACGCAGGUGCCACCUGAUUUUGAUAUGUCCUGGGGCCAGGUUGGGUUCUCUGACUUUGGCGAGAUGCCUUUUGGUGCAACUGAGGAUCCAGUCAGUGAACUACAUCUGGCAACAACGUGGCCAACACUCUCCGAAGACAUGAUCGUCGACAAUGACGUCUACACCGACCUUGACCCCCUUCAGGCUCCAUACUGGUCAGUGAGAGUGAGGAUGACUGAUGACCCACAAUGUCUGCUCACCGAGUUUUUGACGGAUUUUACCAAAGUGUGUCGUCGCAGUGAAUCAACAGAACAGCUGCUUGGGAGGAGUAUAGACGACGAUGAAGAUGCAGCAGAUAUCAGCCAGGCCCUCCAGCGGCUGACGGAACCCGUACCCGGAUACCAGAUUCCAUCGCUUUCCACAGUUGUUUCAAAGGCGACCACCAAGUUUGCAAUCAAGCCAGAAGAGGCGCCAAUUCCAGCAGAUAUCCUCAAUGAGCUCCUCCUGUUCCUGUUCCCAGAUGCGAGGGAAGAGGAAGGGAAGGAUGAGGCAGCUAAUGAGAAGGAGGUGUCUGAGGAGGUCAAGGAAUUGCAGAGGAAGCUGAAAGCUGCUCCGUUCGAUAGUUUGACGCAUAGACUUGCUAUCUGUUUCUGUAACGUGAAUCACACCAUGGGCGGUCUCCGCGCCAUCGCACAUCUCUGGCAGGAGUUUGUACUGGAAAUGAGAUAUCGCUGGGAGAAUAAGUACACGUUGCCAGGGAUUAGUUCUGGCGUACCCAACCUUGGUUCCAGCCUCCUUCAUCAGAAGUUGCAGAUGUUGAAUUGCUGUAUUGAAAAGAAACGUAACCGUGAACUGCAUCCUGUUUCAAUAAAUGUGCAGGAAGCUGGCAUCGGUGAGGAGGAGGAGGAGGAGGAGGAUGAAGAGGUUGCCAUGGAAACUGAGCAGCAGACGGUCGUAGGAAAGGGUAAAUCUAAAGAAGAGGAAAGCCGAGAGAAAGGGACUAUUCGAGAAUCUAGCGCUCCAGGUACCCGCUCUCCACUUAGUAUGUGUAGCUCCCUCAGUGACGACGACGAGUUUUACGAAUGCGAAGAAGAGUCGUCUGAUCCCUCAUUGGACGGUUCGAUGAAGGACACAGAGUCUACCGACCAAACAGAAGACAGCACUGCAAAGAAACCCAAAAUUGAUCAAUCAUCAGAGUCGAAUGACCCUGUUCCCGGGACGAGUAAAGAUUUGAGCGAUGAUAAGAAUGAAAGUGAGGCCAAGAUGGAAGUGGAGGAAGAGAAGUCGCAGGUUGAAGAGAGUUCGCAGUCGUCAUCUGGCUCGUUCCAAGACCCAACCAUAUAUAAACCCGUCGGUCGUCUGCGGCAGUACGAGGACGUGACACUGCUGAACCUUGAUGAGCCGCUGUAUAUUCCAAUUACCCAGGAUCCUUCACCGUUGACGGAAGACAUGUUGGAGGAACAGGCUGACAUCUUGGCAAAGUUGGGAACGACAAAGGAAGGUGCCCACCUGCGAGCAAGGAUGCAGAGUGCUAGUUUGCUAUCUGAUAUGGAAGCAUUUAAGGCGGCUAACCCGGGCUGUGUGCUUGAAGACUUUGUGCGUUGGUAUUCUCCCAGAGACUACGUCAUUGAGGAGGUCAUGACAGAAGAGGGAAAAGUCGUCAAGAAAGGUCAGCUAAGUUCCCGCAUGCAGAUUCCAGGUAACAUGUGGGUGGACGUCUGGCAGACCGCCAAGCCCAUCCCGGUCAGACGACAGAAGCGGUUAUUUGACGAUACGAAGGAAGCUGAGAAGGUGCUGCAUUUCCUUGCGGCGCUCAAACCAGCUGAGGUCGCCUUACAUCUCAUGCCGAUGCUGGUGGCGGAGGCAGUGCAUAAACUCAUGCAGCAUGAUGAUGAUUCUAUUUCUUCCUUGAAGAAGCUUCUUGAGCAGUUGGUCUCGCGGGCAUCGCGUACAACCAGACAAAUGGUGCAGCAGGUCAAGAAAUACGAGGAUCUUAUUAAACUGAUUGGCCUUGCCGAAACAGUCAUUGCUCGGGCUCAAUCUCUACGUGCCAAGUUCACCCACCAGGAGAUAGAGGGCGGUGCCUCUGCAGAUCAGUUCGUCUCUAGUCUGUUGGAUCAGCCAGAGGUUGACGUUUUGGGGGCUGCCAAGGGGCCCGCUGGCAAGAUAAUACACAAGCUAUUUGCUAUGGCUCAGAAGUCGUCUCACAUGAUAGUGGAUAACGAUCAUGACGGGAAGACUCAGCGUCCUCCAAGUACUGUGCCAGACUUCCCAGAGCCGGCUGGCAAGGAGUACAUUCUGCGCACGGUACUUCCGCGCCCGACGCCAUAUUCGCGACCUUCGCCCCAGAGAAUGUUCUGCGUACUCGUCAAGGACGAGUGUCGAUUUGCGGGCGCUUUCUCGUCCGAUACGACCUUCAUGUGAUAAGUGAAUUUUCAACAUUGUGAUAAAGUGUGUGCAAUAGGUCUCUCGAUGAAAUGGGACCAGUGAUGUCGUGGUCCUGGUGCUUAUCACGUGAGUUUGUUGAGUUAAAUCUGACCACUUCUACUGCCAAGAACGGAUGACAUAGUAAUUCUGGUGAGUCAGUACGUGAUAUUGAGUUCGUGGAAUUGAAUUGGACCAUUUCUUAUACCAUGAAGAGACGACAUUUUGAGCUUGAGUUUGUGGAGCUAUAUCUGACCAUUUCUUCUACCAGGAACGGAUUGUUGGUCUGGUGAGUGUGUAUGUGAUAUUGAGUUCGUGGAUCAGAAUUGGACCAUUUCUGAUACCACGACCAGAUGACGUUUUGGUUCCAUUGCUCAGCAUGUGAGCUCGUGGAUUUGAAUCUCAUUAUUCUCCUACCAUGAACGGAUCCUCUACGCAC